UUCGAACGGAUCGAGCGCGAAACAGCGCGGGCCCAACGCGCUACCGCAGUGUGCGUGUGCCGCGGUGAGUGAAACCUGAAAAACACCAACACGAGUACAGUGUAUUACAGCCACAAACACACAUACACGCACACACGUACAUAACUCUGUGGUGCUGUCGAACGCGCGUAUCGCGCUCAUCGACGGUGUGUGAGCGUGUGCGUGUACAUGUGACUGCACAACGCACACUGUCAGGCGGUGAGAAACGAGCGAGUGCCUUCCACAAAAGCAGAUGAGGUACAGAAGCAGUGCCAGCAGCAAGAGAAGCGAGCAUUUAGCCCUGUAGCGAAAAAGGAAAUCAAUAUAUAAAAUUCGUGCCUAAACAACAUAAUCCAGUGACACAACAAAGAGUUUUCAAAGGACCUGGAGGAGCACUGCGUGGGGUGACUUAUCUCUAAGUGAAAUACUCAACACCAGCAUCACCGAAUAUCAUCAUGGAAAAGCGUAUUUUGUUGGAAAAACGAGGUCGAUCGGAUGAUGAGAUCACAGAGCUCAUUCUGGACAACUGUCGGAGCACGUACAUCGAUGGGCUCACAGACAGCUUCACAGCACUCGAAACGCUCAGCCUCAUCAACGUCGGGCUGGUUUCGCUGAAAAAUUUCCCCAAGCUGUCCAACCUCCGCAAGCUGGAACUCUCGGACAACAGAAUAUCGAACGGAUUGAACCACCUUACCGGGAGCCCGAAACUUACACAUCUGAACCUGUCCGGCAACCGGAUUAAGGACUUCGAUGAGCUUCAGCCGCUGAAAGAUUUGGAGAACCUGGAAGUGCUGGAUCUGUUCAACAAUCAGGUGACACUGAUUGAAAACUAUCGUGAGAAAUUGUUUCAACUGAUUCCAUCGCUCAACUAUCUGGACGGAUUCGACAAAGAGUAUGUGGAAGCACCAUCCGAUGAGGAAGACAUGGCUGGUGGUGUUGAUGAUGAUGAUGAUGGUGACGGUAACCUACCGCAACCUUCCCAGUUCUCCAUCAAUGGUAUCGAAAUUGAUCUAGACGAGCUGGAGCAGCUUGAGGCGAGGGUACGCCAAAAACGAACGAAGAACGAGUCGGACUCGCAGUCAGCGAUUGAGAUCGGCUCCGAUGUGCUGGAGGGACAUCUUGGGCGCACCAAGUCCCAUUCUGAUGACGGCUGCUCCUCUCAAACUGGACAAGAAUCGGCCAAGGACGAUCUGGAUCUACUGUACGAAGAGAUUCAACACAAACAGGCCCUUGCGCGUGCCAAUGAAGUGGAACAGGGUCGUCAAAAGAUGGCAUCGUUUGUGUCCGUCUUGUUAAUGUUUACUUCUCUGUUGGCAUUCAUCAAUCAGAUAUGCUACCGGGGGGAGAAUCAAUUGCUAGACGAAUCAGAAGAACAAGUUGAUGAUGAGGAGGAGGAAAAAGAGGAGCAGGAGGAGGAUAUGGAAAUCGAGGUGGAAAAAGAUGAGUGUUGCUCCUUGGAUGCAACUGGAGAUAGUUAUGCAAGGGUUGAAGCUCUACCACAAAUGCAGAACGGAGCUACGGCUCCAUCGGAUACCACCAUCUCGGCGGUGGCAGCAGAUGAUCGUCCUGCCCGGGCAGACCAGAAUUAUUCUAUGGGCGCGACCACAGAAGAGGAGGAACCGGAAGACUCGUGCGAAGAAUCGGAUGAGGAGGAAGUUUCGCUAGCCUACCUGUACAACGACAACCUGGAGGAGGAUCAGGAGGAUUGGAAGAGCGUCGAGAGCGACUACAACAACGCCGACGAAGAGUUUGACAGUGAGGAGGAAGAGGAUGAAGAAGGUGGCGGCGGCGGCGGUGGUGGUGGCGAGAAUGAGGGUGAAGAUGGUGGAGACAGUGACGGCGAAGGGGAGGAUGAAGAAGGCGAAGAAGAGGAAGACGGUGAGGAUGAUGCUGAUGGGUCGGAGGCUGCAGCAUCGUCGACCGCUGCAGCAGCGGCGGGAGCAGACGAAUCAAAAUCCACAGCAACAGAAGCGGCAGCCGCCACAUCGUCAACCACAGAAGAUGUUGCGAAAGAAGGUGAACCGGAAGCAAGGGGCAAGAAGAGAAAGUUCCAAGGCACUGACAGCGACGGUUAAGCGGCAAGCUAAACGCUUCCAAGUCAUACACAAAACCUACUACAAAUGUGUGGAGGUGUAACGGUAACGCGCUGGAGGCUCUUUCGCUCGACGGCGUGUCAUUCGAUGCCCUUCCACACGCAAAGCAAACGUUUAUCCCCCAACCAACAACAAUUCAUGCAAUUCGUCAUCACUCCGCUACUGUCGUUCGCGCAGUAGUGUAAUGGAUAUGUAACUACAAAGUUUUAUCUUCUUUUUUUACCAUCAAAAGAAAAUGUGUAACAGCAGCUAACUAUCAUAGAUUGAUGAAAUUCACAACAAUAUAUAAAUAUAGAAGAAGAGCGAACAUUUCCCCACAAUAGACGCCAACACACACACACACAUACCAUACACGCUCCGAAUACUUUUAAAUCCCAAAACAAACAGUGUAAGUAAGGAAUUUUUGAACCAAAAGAUUGUAAAACACAGAAGAAGAAAAAACUUUAAAACAAAAUAGAUUCAGCAAAAGACACACACACAUACGGCGCGGGGAUUGCGUGUAUGUGUUUGGAUCCACAGCGCAGAAUUGUGAAGAAAAUAAAUCAAAGACGUAUGGGGUAUGACGAGAAGAAAUGAUAGGACUCCGCCGCGUACAGCAUUUCCGGUCAGUUAAGAAAGCUAAGAGUAUACAUACUUCAAAUGAUAAUCGAACUUUUGUUUUGAUUUAUUUUAAUAACUUUUUUACUGUGUAAGCAUAUUUUGUUGUGUUUCAGGGAAUAGAGCAAUGUGAAAGUAGUUUGCGGCAAGUGAUAUUUGUACGUUCUUUUAAAUUAACAAAAUCACUUCGAUGGGGCAGCAAAGGAGGAGGAUAGGUAGUAGAAGAGGCGGUAGGGAGGAAUCGGUCGGAAUGUCAGGUAAUUGUUGAGUUUUAUAAUUUCCUUGUGUGGUGGGCAGUUCUAUCAGCAAGCACGACAAAAAUGUGUGACACCUUUUGAAUAAUGUUGCCCAAAAUGUGACCGUGCGCUUUCGCUCUUAUCAUUUUAUCGUCAGUGGUUAUACACCAUCACCAUUACCACCACAACAACCACCUAGAUUCUUCCGUCAAGAUUCUUCCCAAAAUGCGCAGUCAGUGGUUUCAACUUCGUACAGUUUGCGUGUUAACAAGUUUUCUAGCGUAGACGAUCUGGAUCGGAUCCGGAUCGUGUAUAGCAAGUGGUAUGUAACCAGGGGGAAGAGAGAAGAGUAAUCGUGAAGGGGGAAGAAGGACAAGUGGUAGCAAGGAAAACAAGGCCAAGAUGAAAGAGACCAUACAAAAUAAAUGUAAUCCACGACCUGAUAUGAAACCCAAUGUAGUGUUACUUUUAAUUUGCAAUGUAUGUUUUUGUUUGUUUAAUCUUAUGCAUAUAAGUAAUACAAAAAAGAGCGAAUGUUUGUUGAACAUACAUACAGUUUCUUGUGUUGUGUAAGCAAAACAGUAUAAUUAUCUCAGGCAAAGGCGUUCUUAGUUUCCCUGAAUAAAGAUAAACAAAAGCUAAAUUGUAAUUCCCACACAACAAUCAAACAACAAAUGCACACAUACACACACACACACUCCCGCACACUUGCGCAUAUUGUUACGUUUUUUGUAACGCUUCGGUUUCGGUUUUAAAACAGUGUAACGCCAUGUACAAGUUCAUGGUUGUAAUGAAACUGAUUCGUUUGUGAGUGGUACUCCGCUGCAACAAACAGUAAAGUGCGAUACCACCUUCCUAAUUGUUUAACGGCAUUCACUGCUACUAAACUUGUCAGAGAUGUACAAAAUGAAUUCUAGUUUCAGUUCCUGGGAUGGUUUUUAAUUUGGAUACAGAUCCGGCCGGCUAGACGUAUGCUUUUCAAUAUAACUGUUGUCUUUCCUUAGCAUCUAAAAUAAUGUAGCCUUUUUAAGUGGGAUUUUAAAGGAUCGCAUGCAAACAUUUAUCUUCAGUUGAGAAUGUUGUAAGUGUAAGAAGGGUGGUUUGGGGUGUAAAGGAAUGGUUUAAACGGCUGUAUUGUUUCUUCCUUUUUAUAAGAAUGCAUUCAUUCAACUUUUCAGUUACUCUUUUAACGGAAUAACUUAUCUUUUCCAGUUUUUGUAAUUAAAUAACAGUACACAAAUGUUUAAACAAACGGCACUUAUUUUUGCACUGAUGCGCGCAUAUAAGUAAAUUACAAAAUGUUCAACAGCCACACUUGAAGCAGAUUCUUGUAUUAAGCAUUUGUUAAAGAUUGUAGAAAGCUGAAGAGAACGAUUCGAAUAACAAGUUGACCAAACACGUGGAAUUAUAUGCAGUAAGUGGAACCGGGAUCUGGUCUACACCUUCCCGAGCCAAAGCUCUCUCACCCUCAAAAAGGGGAGGAGGAGGAGAUUUAUCAAAUCAAAACUAAACGCAAAAACAAAAUAUCGAAUUAAGGGUCAGUUGAGAAAAGGGGGGCAAGCAAUAUAUUACUACGUGCAAGUGCAAGUUGCAUGGAUGUGUGUAUCAUGAGACGAAAUAAAACGUGCCCUUAAAUACAAUGGAUGAUGGACGGAACAACAUUAUAUACGGAUAUAAGGUUACAUAGGUACCUCCCCGAGGUGCCAUGCAAAAAAAAAACGCAGAGACGAGACAAAAUCGAAAGCAAACCCAUAAUCAUGUAAAAACAACACAAUAGCGUUUGCUGCUGCGAAGAAGGGUGAUGCGUGAAGUUGUGUGCGUGUGUGAAGCAUGAUUUAAAUGAAAAAGAAAAAGGAGAAGAAGAUAAAACACAAAUCCGAUCAGGGAUUGGAAUAAUAACACAACAUUACAAUCUUUCUGCCUGCUGGCUCAUUUCCAUUGGUGAAAUAAACACAGCGUAUUGUAUUUGGACCCGGUGUGUGUGAUGCGAAGGGAAAUGACAAUUCGCGGUAUGAUCGCGAAAAGUGGAACAACAUUUAUAAUUGCUAAGAAAGUAAUAUUUGUUUAAAUAAAUCAUCAAAAGAAAAAUCAA